UCCAGGUCCAGUCCAGUCCGGUCCGGUCGUGUUGCCUCCGCAGACAUGGCACCUGUCCUCCUCACAGCGCUCUCUGCCGCCCUGUUCGCCUCAGCUCUGCUGAUCGACACCACGGCGGCCGACCUGAAAGACACUAGCUAUGCAGUGACUGUUAGCUCCCGUUUGACUGGAGGGAAACAGGACACAAUGUGUGCUAUCGUCCAAAACCCCACUGAAGGGCUCUCUCUGAACAUCACUCUCACUGUGGACUCCAUCCAAAACGUCAUCCUGGAGAAAACCAUCUCAGAGGAUUUCACCAACUGCUUUAAGUUCCAGGUCCCAGCAGUGCUGAGCAGGACGAUAGCAAAGGUUGAGAUCACGCUGCAGGGUAAAGGCGCUUCCCUGAGCAAGAAGACCGAAGUCGUCAUUGAGCCGCCUGGUUUCAUCCACAUCGUGCAGACAGACAAACCCAUCUACAAACCUGGACAAGUCGUCAAAUUUCGGAUCGUCUCCCUGGAUGACAACUUCCUCCCCGUAAAUCGAGUGUACACGGAGGUGGUGCUUAAGGAUCCCAAUUCCAACCGCAUUGCCCAGUGGCUGAAUCAGGAAAUCAAUAAGGGCAUCCUAGACCUGUCUCACCCCUCUAUCCCUGAGGCCGCAGAGGGAACCUAUACCAUCACUGCUGUGAUGGCCGACGGGGAGAUCUCACACAUCUUUGAAAUCAAGGAGUACGUUUUGCCAAAGUUUGAGGUAAAGGUGGAGAUGCCCAGCGUGAUUACCAUCCUGGAUAAAACCACAACGUUUAAAAUCUGUGGACAUAAAGUUCAAGAUGGACGAAAUGAGUCCGGACAGAUGUGGUCAAUCCUCUCCGUCUGUCUGCAGGUCAAAGUGGUCGGUGCAGACGGUCAACCUGUAGCCAAUGAGCUGCUCUACCUGUUCGUGGAAAACGACAAGACUCUGGCGCUCACAACCAACGCCAAAGGCAUGGCUACGUUUUCCCUGGACACGUCUCGGUGGACCGGAAGCAUCUCUAUAAAGGUUCUUAGUAAGGAUACGAAGGAAAACGAACCUUUCAUUCCCGAUUUACGGAGACCGGACUACGGAAAAGCCUACCUGUACCUCUCACCCGCUUAUUCCAAAAGCAACAGUUUCCUGAAUCUGAAGCAGAUCAGUGAGAGCUUCCCCUGCAACAGUGAUGCAACCAUCAAGGCUCAGUACAUCAUUCAAGGAACGGCUCUGAAGCAGGGACAGACUGUCGUCAACGUGCUCUACGUGGUGAUGUCCAAAGGUGCAGUUGUGCGUCAUGGUCAAGUCCCGGUGAUGGUCCAACCAGGAACUGUCAACAAAGGGGAGCUGAGCUUCAGCCUGAGUCAGGUGAUGAAGCUGGCACCAGUUGCUCAGGUGUCUGUUUACUUUGUGAUGGCCAAUGGGGAGAUGGUGGCAGACAGUCAGGACUACCCCAUUCAGCUCUGCCUCAAUAACAAGGUGUCCUUGAAGUUCUCCUCCCUUCAGCAGCUUCCAGCGGAGAAGACCACUCUGACACUGAAUGCCAACCCUAAAUCCCUGUGCUCUGUCCGAGCCAUCGACCAGAGCAUCCUGCUGCUGCAACCAGAGCAGGAGCUCACCGUUGACUCCGUGUUCAGCCAGCUGCCUGUACAGCAACUGUGGGGGUACGACUACGAGGUGGAUGACCACGAUCUGUACCCCUGCUUCCCCGGGCCGGUCCCCAGGCCAGUCCCGGAUCUGCAGGCCGCAGUUGAACCUGAGGCCGUCGAACGACUCGGUCGGAAAAAGCGAUCCUUCUUCUUUAAUCCGUUCUAUCAGAAGAUUGAUGCCUACAGCGCCUUUAAAGGCAUCGGAGUCAAAAUCAUGACAAACUUCGAUGUGAAAAAGCCCCAGAACUGCUCACUGUUUAAGUUUAACGGAAUGCCAGAGGCUCUUCCCUUGCAAAAUGAGAUGCAAGUACUAUUUAGAUCUCAAGUUGGAGAAGCUACAGAGACAAUUAGAAAAGACUUCCCUGAGACAUGGAUCUGGGACCUGGUCUCUGUGGGAGACGGCGGCACGGCCAGCUUGCAGAAGACGGUCCCUGACACCAUCACCAAGUGGGCGGCCAGCGCCUUCUGCGUCUCCCCCAGUGGCUUCGGCGUGUCGCCCAACACCGGGCUCAUCACCUUCCAGCCGUUCUUCGUCAGCCUCACCUUGCCCUACUCCGUCAUCAGAGGGGAGGUGUUCACGCUGAAAGCCACCGUCUUCAACUACCUCUCCCAGUGCAUCAUGGUCAAAGCAACUUUGGCCGGUUCGAAUCAGUACACCUUCAGAGACUGCGAAGGCUGCAAAUACACCAGCUGUCUGUGUGGAGAUGAGAGCAAGACCUUCUCCUGGAUUGUGACUCCGACUGCUUUGGGCGCUGUGAACCUGACGGUCAGCGCCGAGGCCCUGAGGAACCUCGCUCUGUGUGGCAAUGAGGUGACCACGGUGCCAAAAGCUGGCCGGAUCGACACGGUGAUCCAAACUCUGCUGGUGGAGGCUGAAGGAACCCCUCAGAUGAAGAGCCACAACGCCCUGCUGUGUCCUGCAGAUGGUCCGGUGGAAAGGAAGAUCUCUCUGCGGCUGCCUGCUAGGUUCGUGGCCGGGUCGGCCAGAGCCACCGUUUCUGUCCUGGGUGACCUGAUGGGCCGGGCCCUGCAGAACCUGGAUAAGCUGCUGGCCAUGCCGUACGGCUGCGGGGAGCAGAACAUGUUGCUGUUCGCUCCAAACAUCUUUAUCCUGAACUACCUGAAAAGCUCCGGCCAGCUGACCGACGCCAUCCUGCAGAAGGCCAAGCACUUCCUGGAGAGCGGAUACCAGAGGCAGCUGAACUACAAGCGUGACGACAGCUCCUACAGCGCCUUCGGGAACAGCGACCCCUCUGGAAACACCUGGCUUACUGCUUUUGUGAUGAAGUCAUUUGGCGGCGCCAGUGAUUACAUCUACGUUGACCCGCAGCAGAUAGAAGACAUCAGGACCUGGCUGUACGGCCUGCAGAACGAGGAUGGCUGUUUUAUGUCUGUUGGGAAGCUCUUCCACAACAGCAUGAAGGGAGGGGUGAGUGACGAGGUGUCGCUGACGGCUUACAUUGUUGCUGCCCUGCUGGAGCUGAAUGGAGGAUCCACGGACCCCGUGGUGCAGAAGGGCCUGGGUUGUCUAAAGGAUGCCGUGGUCAAAGGCUUCGACAACCUGUACACCACGGCCCUGAUGUCGUACACCUUCAGCCUGGCUGGAGAUCAGGAGAUGAGGAGCAAACUGAUCAGCAUUCUGGACCUGGAGGCCAAGAAGGAGGGUGGUACCAUUCACUGGGAGAGAGUUGAAUCGUCUGUCAACGGCAUGGAUUCUAUAGCAGUGGAGAUGACCUCCUAUGUGCUGCUGGCCCUGCUCACUUCUCCCCCACUGAAUGGUUUUGGUUUGGAUUACGCCUCAGGGAUCAUCCGCUGGCUCGCUCAACAGCAGAACCCGUACGGCGGUUUCUCCUCCACACAGGACACAGUGGUGGCCCUCCAGGCCCUGGCCAAGUACGCCGCCGCCACCUACAGUCCACAGGGAAUCACUAAAGUGACGGUGACGACUGUGGGAGGCCCGAGGAAGGAGUUCACUGUGAGCCAGAGCAACAGGCUGCUGUUGCAGCAAGAGGAGCUGAGCAAGAUCCCUGGAGAGUACACCGUCAGAGCCGAGGGACAGAGCUGCGUUUUGACUCAGAUCUCCUUGCACUACAACAUCCCUCCCCCUGACGACUUCUCUGCCUUCAGCAUCACUAAGAAAGUGGAUGCCUACUGUGAUCUCAAGCGGCCGAAGCUCCAACUCUCUGUCAGCGUCAGGUACCAGGGCAGGAGAGCGGAAACCAACAUGGUCGUCCUCAACAUUAAGCUGCUGUCUGGGUAUGUUGUGGAGCAGAGCUCCCUCAGUUCAGCGAAGCGUGUGGACAUAGACAACGGAUUUAUCGACAUCUACCUGGAUGGGCUGAAAAGGGAUGAAAUACAGACGUUCAAGGUGGUUCUGGAGGAAGAUCAGCGGGUCGGGAACCUGAAACCAGCUGUGAUUAAAGUCUAUGACUACUACCAGCCCACUGACCAGGCUGCCACUGACUACACAUCCCCCUGUGCUUAAAGUGACAGCGACAACAUGGUGUGACUCCGCCCCCAGGAACGGCUGAAGGAGGGAGACCCCCAAGCCUUCAUCUUGGAUGAUUGUUUUGUUUUUAAAACCGUUCAAAGUGGUGUUGGGAUGUGAUUUUACUUUGGGGAACUUUAGGUUCUUUAACUUUUAGCUUUAUUAUCAGUUUUUCUUUCCUGUUUAUUCUCGUUCACAUGCAGCAGGAAAAAAAAAAUAAAUAGUUGGCACCUCGCCGCUGCUCAACACUGGAACAGUGACCCACCUCCACCCGACAUAACGGACAGCGGAGGAGCGUUUGCUGAUAAUCGUUUUUCUUUAAUAGAUCUGACAGAAAUCCACAUGAUUGAAACAUGACAGAGACACAGACAUCAGGAACACGGCGUGGUCAGGGUGCUGAUUGCGUCCCUCUGAGGGGAGGGGCAUCCGGUCUUCAUGGUGCAGGGAGAUUUAUUUCAUUUACACGUACCUGCACAAGUCUUGUACCAGUAAAAAAUAAAAGUUUUAUUCAUGUGACUGCUGUACAAUUUUAAAUGCAAUAAAAGUUCUAAAA